AUGGCUCUUUCUCAGGCACAGUUGACCUUCAAGGAUGUGUUCAUAGAUUUCACUCCCGAGGAAUGGGAAUGCCCGGACCCUGCCCAGAGGACCUUGUACAAGGAUGUGAUGGUGGAGACUCUCAGGAACCUGCUGUCUGUGGGAAUUUCUGUUUCUGAUCUGAACAUUAUCUCCAUACUUGUGACUCAGAACUCUGGACAUCAAAGAAUCCAUACUGGAGGAAAACCAUAUAAAUGCAACGUGUGUGGAAAGGCUUUUAAUCAAACUAGAAAACUUGCAAUUCAUUGGACUAUUCAUACUGGAGAGGAACCACACAACUGUGAUGUAUGUGGCAAGGCUUUUGUUCAAACUGGAAACCUUGCAGUUCAUCAGAAUAUUCAUACUGCAGAGAAACCAUAUAAAUGUGAUGUGUGUGGUCAGUGCUUUCAACAAAGUACACACCUUGAAAAUCAUCAGAGAACUCAUAUCGGAGAGCAACCAUAUAAAUGUGAUGUUUCUGGAAAGGCCUUUAGUCAAAAUGCAAGCCAUGCAGUUCAUCAGAGACUUCAUACUGAAAAUAAACCGUAUAAAUGUGAUGUAUGUGGCAAGACCUUUAGUCAAACUGCAAGCCUUGUAGUUCAUCAGAGAAUUCAUACUGGAGAGAAGCCAUAUAAAUGUGAUGUAUGUGGCAAGGCCUUUAAUCAAGAUGCAAAUCUUGGACCUCAUCGGAGAAUUCAUAGUGGCGAGAAACCAUAUACAAGUGAUGUAUGUGGCAAAGCCUUUGGUCAACCUAGAAGACUUAUACUUCAUCAGAGGAUUCAUACUGGAGAGAAGCCAUACAAAUGCAAUGUAUGUGACAAGUCGUUUAGUCAUACUGCAGAUCUUACUGUUCAUCAGAGACUUCAUACUGGAGUGAAACCAUAUAAAUGUGGUGUAUGUGGGAAGGCCUUUCGUAAAAAUGCAAGACGUGCAGUUCAUCAGAGAAUUCAUACUGGCGAGAAACCAUAUAAAUGUGAUGAAUGUGGCAAAUGCUUUAGUGAAACCUCAGGCCUUGCAGGUCAUCGGAGAAUUCAUACUGGAGAGAAGCCAUAUAAAUGUGAUGUGUGUGACAAGGCAUUUACUCGUAGUGGACACCUUGCUGUUCAUCGGAGAGUUCAUACUGGAGAGAAACCAUAUAAUUGUGGUAUAUGCGGCAAGGCUUUCAGGGUACGUUCAAGCCUUGCUUCUCAUCAGAGAGUUCAUACUGGAGAGAAACCAUAUAAAUGUGAUAUAUGUGGCAAGGCCUUUAGUCAAACCUCAAACCUUGCAGUUCAUCAGAGAAUUCAUACUGGAGAGAAGCCAUAUAAAUGUGAUGUGUGUGGCAAGGCAUUUAGUCGUACUGGACAGCUUGCUGUUCAUCAGAGAGUUCAUACUGGAGAGAAACCAUAUAAUUGUGGUAUAUGCAGCAAGGCUUUCAGGGGACGUUCAAGCCUUGCUUUUCAUCAGAGAGUUCAUACUGGAGAGACACCAUAUAAAUGUGAUGCAUGUGGCAAGGCCUUUAGUCAAACUUCAAACCUUGCAGUUCAUCAGAGAAUUCAUACUAGACAGAAAUCUUAAAAAUGUGAUGUGUGUGGCAAGGCAUUUAGUCGUAGUGGACACCCUGCUGUUCAUCAGAGAGUUCAUAGUGAAGAGAAGCCAUAUAAUUGUGGUAUAUGUGGCAAGGCUUUCAGUGUAAGUUCAGGCCUUGCUGUUCAUCAGGGAGUUCAUACUGGACGGAAACCAUAUAAAUGUAGUGAAACUUCAAGCCUUACAGUUCAUUGGAGAAUUCAUACUGGAGAGAAACCUUAUAAAUAUGAUGUAUGUGGCAAGGCCUUUAAUCAAACUACAAGACUUGCACCUCAUCAGAGAAUUCAUACUGGAGAGAAGCCAUACAAAUGCAAUGUAUGUGACAAGGCGUUUAGUCAUACUGCAAACCUUACUGUUCAUUGGCGACUUCUUCCUGGAGUGAAACCAUACAAAUGUGAUGUGUGGCAAAACGUUCAGAGUAAGUUCAUACCUUGCUGUUCAUUUGAGAUAAUGAGCGUCAAUGGCGGAACACAAGACGUGAGAGACCCUCAAGUACGCUCUGCCCCGCUCGGCCCCGCUCGGCCCCGCUCGGCCCCGCUCCUCACACCUCCCGACGCAGGUUAUCGAUACAAAAUUAUGGAUGCUAGGCUGUGGUUAGUGACCCAAAUGAUCACAUCCCUUAAGUCCUCCAUCUCAGACACCCAGGCCCCGCCCCCGUCCGCGCCCCGCCCCUCCCACGAGCAGCGGGCACGGCGAUGCUCGCCCCGCCCCUCGUCGGAAGCCGCGGCUCUAAUACCAAAAGCCCUUUCCCACGGACCCGGAAGUUGGAGAGCGCGGAGCCGAGGUCCCCGAGCGGCGCCUAAGGUUCCUUCUAGGGUACUACCCCUCCGGCUCACUCGUCCUCAGGGUGUGACAAUUGUCAGCGACCUGAAAAGCCUGGCGCCCGGUGCUCGGCCCCGAAUAAACGCUGCCGCUGCCAUUGCGGCCCAGUUAUCUUUUCGUUUGGGUUUUGAGAGUUUCUGGGGCGGUUUCGGUCCUCGGUCCGCUACAGCCCUCUCUCGCGAGUUAGAGUCGCGCUCCGCCGCGUCGCCUUCCCGACCGCUGGAGGCAGACCCGUCGCCGCCGCUCCCGGAGAGGCCGCGCCCUCUCCCCGGUCCCGGGAUUCGGGAGAGCCCGCCCCGCUCCUGA